AUGUGGAAAUUUCGUGGCAAGAAUAGGAAUCAAAAUUUAACUCGAGUUCUUAAUUUACAAAAUCAAGUGAAUAUCAAUUUUAAAGCUGUUUUGAUAGCCAUGUACAGACGUCCAAAGUCACUCGUCGCCCACUGCGCUCCAUUACGUGCUGUAAAGAGUCUGAAGGGAAAGUCAAAUGCUAGUGCUCGCUGGGUACGUCGCCAGUGGAACGACCCUGCGGUGAAACAGGCUAAAAGAGAGGGACUACGUUCGCGUGCAGCCUUUAAAUUACGCGAACUCAACGAUCGCUUUCAGCUACUUCGUCAAGGUAAUGUGGUUAUAGAUUUAGGUGCCGCUCCUGGUGGUUGGACGCAAGUAGCGGUGGAGGCUACAGCACCAAAGCGAUGCACGACUGAUGAUCCACCGCGAGUUGUGGCCGUGGACCUUAAGCGUUUUGAUCCCGUAGAGGGUGCAGUCAUUAUUGUCGGGGAUUUUCGUCAAUCAUCUGUGAGAAAACAGCUGACUGAGACUUUAAGAGGUCGCAAGGCCGAUGUUGUGCUAAGCGACAUGGCUCCAUCCUUUUCGGGUACAUUCCUUACAGACAGUCAACACCAGCUACGUCUUUGCCACAAUGCACUUAAAAUUGCUGAACUUUAUCUGCGUCCUGGUGGUAAUUUUGCUACCAAAGUUCUGAGAUGUGACGGGUCUGAGGAGUUUCGAGCUGAAUUGAAGGCAGUAUUUGAUGUUGUGAAGGCCAUGAAGCCGCAGUCGUCACGACCAGAAUCAACGGAGAUGUAUUUUGUAGCGAAAGGGUUCAAAGGUAUAACAACUCUAGAAAACUGA